CACGUGGGGCCCCAUGCACACUGCCAGAGGAAACUCUCCUGAACGCAUUUGACAAGUUCCACCCCGUCUAAACCUUUGGCACUGACAAUGACAUUCCCAGUCAAUAUUGGAAAAGUUUAAAUCCCUCUACUCCGACAACCUUGUUAGACAGACAGGAGCGAGUAGAGAUUUACAGGCGAAAGAGAGUGAUGCAUGCAUGUAGCGCCUUUCAGAGCGUCCCAAAGUAGUUAACAGCCGCUGAAGUAUUUGUAAGAAACAGUGAGGCACCUAAAGUGCCACACACACAUGCUAGACUUCGUAUCUGGCGCCCGGCCAAUUCGGCGAGCGUGUCAUCUUUCAUUCACGUCAGGUGAAAAUUCCUCUCACUCAGUUACUGCUGCCUCACGCUUGUUACAAAAAAACUCUCCCACAAAUAGCCCCAUUUAACUAGAGUGAAGAACUAUUAUCACCCAUAGCCACACACACACACACACAGCGAACGCGCACUCUCUCGAAGCGGAGGCGCUCUGUGAAUACAUAGCGUUUAAAGCAACUUUGACCGGUUUGUUCGUAAACUGGCAACAGAGUGUGUUGUGUUGUGAAUUCUUGGCGCGGGACCUCCUUCGCCGAAAGGAGAAACGGGGAGGUGGGUGUUUGAUGACUUCUACUAACACGGACAGACUCGUAAAUGCUUCAAGAGCUCGGCCCUUCUGCGGAGCCGUGUCUUUCUCCAGCCCAGCCUGAGCGCCGGGUAACGCGAUUCCACCUGCGGAUUCGCCAGAGAAACACCCUCCACUCGGGGCUGGACGAAUGGCUGGGAAGAGUUAAAUUGCACUCUGGAAGCCGGUGAGAUCAGCAAGUGGGCGUUUUCACAUUGCAGGCUCAUGAGGACAGCGCUGCUUAAACUUCGCUUCCCAAGAAUUCAACAGGUUACUCACACUCUUCGGAAGAGUAAAAUGGAUCUGUGUGUGACCGGCUUGUGCACAACCCGCUGGCAGUCCCAAAUCAGAAUCGAGGCUUUGAAAAUACUGUGAGGAGAUCAGCUGAAGAAGUUGUAUUUGCGAAGGAGUUUGGUCACCAUAAGAAUCUCCCUGGUUCGUGGAGUGAGUCGAUAUUGACCGGUAUUGGACUCGAGAACCGGCUCCACAACAGAAGCGAGACUUGAGGGGGCUCCGGAGAGAGAGAGGGAAAAGAGUCGAAGCAUGGUCAGACUGGGAAAACUGAAGCGUCCAGCUGGGCUGAGCAGAGACCCAGUUCACUGAUGACAGCAGCCGAGGGGAGAACAACUCAGUCGACACCAACUACUGGGACAGUGCGACUCUCGCUCUCUUAAGGAAGGGGGAUAGCCGUCAAACCCGAGAAACAAAAGCAGCGGAUGGACACACAGAUCCUUAACAGCAACGAGAAGGAUUGUGAAUGUGUACGGCGAGCCGCAAUGACACCGCUCCUUCACUUGGAUCACGAGUGCGUGAUGGAGCGAAUUCAGAUUUAAUAGACCCACCGAACGCUUGCCAGGCUGUGUGCAUGCAUGUAUAUAUAUAUAUGCGCGAUUCCAAGUUGCCAAUCAUACCAGCGGAAGCAGUAUGUGAUGUGCUUUGGUUAUCACCGAGGGUCCUGGUUUGGAUGAAAGAAUUUGCAGAGACCGUCUCCAGUUGACAAGUCGCUGCUGCUGCUGCCGCCUCCACCGUUGAAGCGUCAAGAAACUGCACACACGGAUUAUUAUCGCCAGGCGUCCGUCCAGGUCACCACUUCUCCCGGGUGGGUGGAUGAAGCAGAUACCUCUGCUCUUGCUCGACAAUAACUGGAGUUGCUCCUGUGUGGAUUUCUUAACAGCCUGCUUGCUGCUUUGCAAUUAGAAAACCCUUAAUGGUUAGAGUGAUGGGAGUGUCACAAACCAGACUCUGUUCCAAGGACUGGAUUACUUUAUUGUAUUUAUGGAUCAUGUUUCUGUUGGGACUGUAUGCACAGAUAACUUGGGCAGAUUUUUGUCCUCCGGAGUGCCGCUGUGAUAAGAAAUACGUGUACUGCAAUGACCGUGGGUUGACAUCAGUGCCUUCUGGGAUACCAGAGGGGGCCAGCAUUCUCUACCUCCAAAACAACGUCAUCAACAACGCUGGAUUUCCACUGGACUUACGAAACGUGCUCUCCGUCCAGACCGUGUAUCUGUACGGCAACGAGCUGGACGAGUUCCCUGUGAACCUACCCAAAAACGUGAAGGAGCUCCACUUGCAGGAAAACAACAUCCAGACGGUCUCCAGGGAAGCUCUGGGCCAACUGCAGAACCUGGAAAAGUUGCACCUGGAUGAUAACUCCAUCUCCACCGUUGGCAUCGAGGAUGGUGCCUUCAAGGAAGCUGCCAACCUCAAGCUCCUGUUCCUGUCCAGGAACCAUUUGAGCAGCGUGCCGGUCGGCCUGCCGCUGGGGUUGAAGGAGCUGAGGGUGGACGAGAACAGGAUCUCCACCGUGUCCGAGCAAGCCCUGCGCAACCUAACUCUCCUUCAAUGCCUGGUUCUGGAUGGGAACCUGCUGACCAACAGCGGAAUCGCAGAUGGGGCCCUGGAGCAGCUGCCGCAGUUAGCCGAGUUCUCCAUGGUGCGCAACUCCCUCACCCUUCCCCCGGUCAACCUCCCGGGCGACAACCUGGUGAAGCUGAGUUUGCAGGAGAACCAAAUCAGCCAGAUUCCUGUCACCGCCUUUAGGCAGCUGAAACGCCUCGAGAAGCUGGAUCUUUCCAACAAUCAGCUCCGGAUGCUGGCAAAAGGAGCGUUUGAUGGCAUGACCAGCUUGAAACAAAUUCUAUUGCGGAAUAAUCCGUGGUAUUGCGACUGCAACAUAAAAUGGGUGACCAAGUGGCUGCAGUCGCUGUCAUUCUCCAUCAACGUGCGAGGUUUGAUGUGUCAGGGGCCCGAUAAGGUCAGGGGAAUGGCGAUAAGGGACCUGAAUAUGAAUCUGGUGUCCUGCCCCUUUGCCACCACACCUCCUGCAGCCCCUGCCCCCUUGCCGUCCGCCUUGCCCACCGUCUUUGUCACUGUUUCGACUCCCGCUGCCAACGCCACCGCCCUCCCGUUCAUGCCAGGCUCGAGCGCCCCCGUGCCCGGCGGUGGCGGCAGCGACAACGGAUCCACGGACCCCCCUCCGGAGGGCGCACUGCAUCUUGCCAUCCAGUUCGUGAACGACACCUGCAUCCAGAUCAGCUGGCUGGCCGUCUUUGCGGUGACCAAGUACAGGAUCACAUGGGUGAAGCUGGGCCACAGCUUGGCGGGCGGCAUCGUGCACGAGCGGAUAGUCGGCAGCCACACCGACCGGCUCAGCCUGCCCAACCUGGAGCCCAGGUCCACCUACAGGAUCUGCAUGGUGUUGCUCGAUGCCUCCAACAACUUUCACCCCGAGGACGACACCGUUUGCUCGGAGGCCACCACCAGGCCGUCCGUCCUUAACACAAACACUGCCGCCAACCCCGAGCAGGCCACCCAGCAGGAACUGAGCUCCCCGCUCUUGCUGGCAGGCCUGAUAGGGGGAGCGGUGCUCGUCGUUCUGGUGGCCCUGCUCAGUGUCUUCUGCUGGCACAUGCACAAAAAGGGCAAGUACGACUCGCACACGUGGAAGUACAACCGCGGGCGCCGGAAAGACGACUACUGCGAAGCCGGCACGAAAAAGGACAACACCAUCCUUGAAAUGACUGAGACCAGCUUUCACAUAGUCUCACUAAAUAACGAACAAAUGCUGAAGGAGGACUUCCGGCUCCAGUCGAUAUACCCUCCGAAUGGCGCCAUUAGUUAUACGGACAGCCAUGCCAGAGGCAACAGCAGAUACUGUACGGGUGGGGCUCCAGAUUUGGAACAGUGUCAUACAUGACCAUGCAGUCUGAACACUCCCCCCCCCCCCCCCCCCCUCACUUACAAUAGGACUUUCUAGAAUAUAUUUGUGAAAUAUUGUCCAGACAGAUUGUGUCUGCCUACUGUGUAAUUUAUACAGUGUAAACAAAAACGCUAUCUUUUCUAUUACAAAAAAAAUUAAGUAGCAACAAUUUUGUAAAGCAGUCAAGUGAUUUAAAACAGAAAAAAAAGAGAUUAAGUAUGCUGUAUAGUUGUUGCUGUACAAUCAAGGCCUAUGUUCAUAAAUGGCAUUUUUGUUAACCAUAUGUCGGCAUUUAAUAACAUAAUUUCCAAAAUGGGCUCAUAGCAUCUGUGUAAUCGCACUGGCACAUAAUCUGGGAAACCAACAUAGACUGAUGAUUUUCAUGCCCCUUUCCUUCAAUUUGCUUCUCGUAAAGGUAUUUGAUCUCUUGCAGUGGUAUCAUUUUUUUCCCCCAUCAUCUUCGACUUCUGGCAUCACUUUGCCUCACCGCACCCCCCCCUUUCCCCCACCACACCCUACCCAACCCCUUCUCCUCUUGUAUCUCCCAGUCAUGUUCACACAAAUCAACCCAUGGAGUGAAGAGCUGAGGCCACAUUCAUCACACUUCCAGCAGAGGACACUGCAUACAAAUCUGGAGUAGCAUUUGCAGAUAUCAUUGUAACCCAGAACCCUUGGUCCAGGGACAGAGAAUCAUUUUACCAGCGCAGUCGAUGGCCCCGUUAACUCAGCCAAAGCUGAAAGUUUAAUGUGGACGAAACAUACCUUCCGUGAACGAAAGCCUAAUCAAGCAGGUAUCUAAAAGCCAGUUCUGGUGCUUAAUCCAAUACUUUAACUGUAUGUUCAGUACUUUUAAGACACCGUGUGUACAAUAUAAUGUGAAUUGGCUCCUUAUCGUGAUCUUAAAACGAUUGAUAAAUAUUCUUUUAAUUCAAUUAAUUCCCUUCCACAUUCUGGACUGUAUGUGGUUCCAGAUACGCUGAUGCUGUUCUUCUUAAUUAUUGGCCUUUUCAUGAUUCAGGGCAAUUAUGGUGAGGCAUUAAAAGCCUGCCUUGCCAAUAAUCCCCACAUUCUGUCAAGGAAAAAAAUUGCCAUAAUUAGAUUUCCCAACACUAAUUACUCCUGUCAGUACAGGAACAUUGUAGUCUCAUAAUAAUAAGGAUCAAAUUCACCAGGAAUGUCUUUGUUGCCACACCAGCCCAGAGCAGUCUUUGAUUAGCAAAAUAAAGAAGGUUUAUUCUCUACUAACAACAAAGUAAUUAAUUUAUUGAGUGCACAGUUCUCCAUGACAAUGUUAAAACAUAGUUGUUGACUUUUUUUUUGUGUGACUGGACAGUCUUCAGGAACACUUUUGUUUAACUAAAACAAAAAGCAUUUUAAUCAAAGCUACCUUUCCAUGCCAAAAGAACAAGGAUGUCAGAUAGGUGUCUUUGAGAUUAAUCGUGCAGGAAGAUCAAAAUUGUCAUAAAAUGAAUUGAGUGGAAUUCCAUAAUAUCUGCAAGUAAUAUGGAACAUUACCAGUUCCUCCAUUAAAAUAGAAGCUGUUUAUUAUAUUUCCCGACUGCUGUACAGCUGAGUAACCCUUGAUCAUCACAUCCAAUUACUUUAUUAUAAUCAGAUAUCCAGCAGAUUGUUGGGACAAUGAACGGAAUAUUCAGCUGCAUUACAUUUUAUUUGACAAAUGUGGCACCAUUUCUUCAUUGGUACAUCAUCGAUAUCUUUGCAGGAAAGCAUCGCUGCUGACCAUACAUUAUACCCAAAUAUUUCAUGUUGGCUGCUUUUUCCCCACCAGAAUUUGACUUUUAAGCAUGAACAUUUGUUCUGUUGUCACAAUUUGUUCCCUUGUGCCUUCCAUGCCACACGAAGGAGAGUCUACUUGGCCACUUGCCAGCACCACCCCAUCCACCCUCAUCUCAUCUCAAAGCCCUUGUUUCUGGCAUGGAUAGCUGUGGGAGUGGAACCACAUCCAAGAGAAGACCCCAAUGGGAGGGUGUAAACUGGACAAUGGCAUGGCCGAGAUCAGGAACAUGCCAUGCAUAAGCACAAUCUCGUAAUCGUGUACCAUUCCAUGACAUCUCCUCCAGCAUCCUCACCCCACUCAAUUGUACCAUUUUAUCACUUCAAGUUUACAUGAGGGACUUGCUGUAAAUUGAAGGGUGAGACUCCAUUUUAGGGCAAAAUGUUCUGCGUUAGCAGUAUUCUGUACAAUGAAUGAAUGAUAAUGAUAGAUAUAUACUCCCAUAGUACCUUUACCUGGGUGUGUUGAUGUUACUGACAACUGAAGGAUUAGCUGUUCCACUUGAAUCUCAGAUGAUUGCAGGUUUAAUCGAUUUAAUUCGAUUAAUGCACACAAAUGUUGAACCCAUUGAGAUGUUUAUUCUUUCUCUCCUCUACUUGGCAACUGACAGCUCUGAUUCGGAGCCAGUUUUUGGAAUAAGCAAUACUGGUUAAACUGGCACUAAAUCUAAGAAGAGAAUAAUGAUUCUAGAUUCUAGAUUCUUUUUUUUUUUAAAGAAAAUGCCUACAGCAAGAAUGCUGAAAAACUACAUUAAAAUAAAUUGCAACUUUUGUAAUACAGAUGUCAGUUCAUGUUUGUGUAGAUGGCAAUGUCAAAAUAGUUUGGUUUUAUUCUAUUUUUGUCCUAAAUUUUCCAUUGUGCAAGGAACCAAAGUUCAUAAUCUUGCACCGUCUCGGUGUAUCAUGUAUGUGCCUUGAAUUUUAAUCAUAAAUAUUUAAGUCCUUCAUACUUAUUCAUUGCCACUCCCUUUUUCUUUUGCAGAGCAUGUAUGAACACUUGGGUGCACUGAUAAUAAUGUGAUUAAGUUAUCUGGACUAAUAACCCGGGGGCCCGGAUUAGUCAUUCAUAGACAUGUCCAAAAUCCUACCAUGGCUAUGGAAUUUGAAUUCAGCCAAUAAUUUUAAUUUUAAAUAAAAAACAGCCAGUGUUGGUGAUGAUGAAUGUAAAAUAAUCAGCUCGUAAGCUACCAGAACUGGUUCAUCGAUGCCCUUUAGGGGAAGAAAUAUGGUCUAUCCAUUAGUCCAGACCCUGCAGAAAUGUGGUUGUCUCUUAAAAUCACCCUCUUGACCAAGCUAAUAUGUUUCUCAGUUGUACCAUGUCGAAGCUUGCUCGCCACAACAUUCUCAAGGACAAUUAGGGAUUGUUAAUAAAUACUGGCUUUGCCAGAGCCACCUAGUUAUUGAAAGCUAAGAGCGCUCUAAAAUAAACAAACUAAGCUUUUACAACACCAUUACAAGAUAUGGGUUGAUUAUUUAAUAAAUGUCGGGUGAAUCUUUUAAUUUUUUGGCAAAGUUGACUGUUACCUUUGUGUUCAUGCAUUCUUUGAGAUUUUGUUAUGAAUAGUUACAGAAGUGUUAAACAACUCUUCUUUUGUGAUUUAUCAACUGCUUUCUACCACUUUAAUGUACCACUAGAAAGAAAGGACUGAAAGGAGUGUGCUUUCUUUUUUUAACAAAAGCAAAUAUUGUUUUUUUUUCCUUUGUAGUAAUUUAAUCAAAUACAGUGACCAAGCAGUUUGUCUGUGAAAAGUAAGCAUUUGUAUGGAACAUCGUGGGAUAACUUCAGAGGUGGUUAUUUAUUCUCCUUGGAAAAAAAAACAGAGGAUUUAUUGAAUUGGACUUUGUUACUUUGCAGUGCAGUAUAUGCUUAAACAUCCACCAUGCAAGUACCGAUUGAUCACAAUUAACAACCAAUUAAUCCUUCUUUUCUAACUGAUCAAAUGCACUGCUAGCUUUUUAUUUUUUUACGUAGCUGCUUCAGAGCCAAUGUUGUGAUAAAAAUAAAUCCUUUCGAAAUAUUUUUUCUACUUCAAAAGUGAAAUUAAGGGGAAAAAAAUACAUUUUUUUAAAGAAUGGGUGAAAAGAAAAACCUUUCUGAACCAUAGUGUGCUAAAGGGAGCAAGGUCACGUACUCAAUUUUCCUGUUUAGCCUUAUCUAGAUAAAGAAAUUCUCACGUUGAAAGUGCAACAGUACAUUUUAUGUUUUGUAUAUAUUUUUGUCUUGUCAAGGUGAGAAAAAGAGAUCUCAUGCUUUAUAUAUAAAAUAGCUACUUGAUGUAACUUAUAAUAACGCACAGAUUUACUUGUUAUACUGACAGGUUGCCGAAUCCAGAGAUACUCUGUACCUCACUUGCAUAUUCCUUACUUUCAACAAGUUUUCUGUAUUUCUAAAACAUUGUUUGAAGGAUGUCCAUAACCAAAAUACAAAAAUAAAGUAUGGUCACAAAGUA